GGCGGGCUGCCCCACAGAAGGCCAAAAGUGGGGGGCCCCCCCCGGGGGCCCCCCGCGAUUGAGGGUCCAGCAAAGGCGACUGAAGAGGGUUCAGCAGCAGCAGCAGCUGCUGCUGCUGCUGCUGCUGCUGCAUCAGCAGCAGACGGGCAGCAGCAGCCUGAGCGGCCCGUUCUUUUUUUCAAUUCACAGACUUUUGGGGUGUACAGACCCCAAGAGGGAUUUGCUGCUGGGGCCCCAGAAGCAGCAGCAGCAGCAGCAGCAGCGGCAGGAGGCUGGAAGAAGCCAGCGGCUUCUUGGCAUUUGCUGCGGCGUCUUGCUGCUGAGGACCCCGAGGGGCCCCUCCCCCGGAGGGUUUAG